AUGGGCGGGCGCAAGAAGCCAGCGCUGCUGAUCUGCCUCGUCCUCACCGUCGCCCUGCUAGGCGGGGCGGCGCCGCGGUGCGCGGCGCUCAACCCGCGCAUGCUGUUCCUGGUGAAGCCCGACCCGAUCGUGCUGCGGGACCACGGCGGCGCGCUGCUCACGGGGGACAACCUCACCGUCAACCUGCUCUUCUACGGGCGCUUCACCCCAGCGCAGCGCGCGAUCGUCGUCGACUUCGUCCGCUCCCUCUCGGUCUCGGCCGCCGCGCCUCGCCCGGGAGCGGGACCGCCGUCCGUGGCGUCGUGGUGGCGCACCACCUCCCUGUACCGCGGCGGCGGCGGCGCGCGGCUGCGGCUCGGCAGGCAGAUCCUCGUCGACGAGCGCAUGUCGCUGAGCCGGCGGGGCCGGCCGCUCUCGCUGGGCAACGUCACGGCGCUGGCGCGGGCCGCGGGGCACCACCGGGGCGCCAUCACCGCGGUGCUCACGGCCGCCGACGUCCCCGUGGCGUCCUUCUGCGUGUCGCGGUGCGGCGUCCACGACCACGACCGCGGCGGCGCGCACGGCAGGGCGCGGUACACCUACCUGUGGGCGGGAAACCCAGCGCAGCAGUGCCCCGGCCAGUGCGCGUGGCCGUUCCACCGGCCGACGUACGGUCCCCAGACCCCGCCGCUGGUGCCGCCCAACGGCGACGCCGGCGUCGACGGCAUGGUCAUCAGCCUCGCCGCCCUCCUCGCCGGCACGGUCACCAACCCGUACGGGGACGGGUACUACAAGGGCGACGCCGGCGCCGAGCUGGAGGCUGCCACGGCGUGCGCCGGUAUCUUCGGGACCGGGGCCUACCCUGGCUACCCCGGGAGGCUGCUCACAGACCCGGCCACCGGCGCGAGCUACAACGCCGUCGGGCUAGGCGGGAGGAAGUACCUGCUCCCGGCAUUGUGGGACCCGACGACCUCGCAGUGCAAAACACUUGUGUAG